CAUAGGUUAUGAUGUGCCAUGUGGUACAAAUAAGUAAACGUAACUUUCAGUAAGGUUUAGCUGUAUCGCAAUAAGAGGCUGAGCCAGGCUGCGGUGACUGGAUUCAGCUUCAGAAUGUCCAGAAAAUUUCAUGAUAGGAAGAAUGUCAUGUUGGAAUUGAGACCAGUACAGAUGUUCCCUGCAGUUGUGUAAUAAUGGCAGCCUUCCGAUGUCGCUACAAAUUAAAAUCUAAAAUAGCGGCCUUAGGUUCCUUUCUCUUUGUUGUCAUUACUGUACAUUACUUCAUUUCGUCUAAGUUUAGGACUAAAAGCCAAACUAAUUCUAUUGGAAGGAAGUCUUAUUCUAGAGUUUAUAUGUCUAGUGAUGUUCAAAAUCUGAUUCAACAGAACGACAUUUGUGGGAUACAUCAACUACCGCUAUACAGUAGAGAAAUUGAACAUGCUAUUCAACCAAUGGAGAAACCUCUUGUAUGCAAUGGGACCAACUUGUUUUAUUUUAAAGACAAUAUCUUAUCCAUGAAUACAAGUGUCUUGUACCCAAAUCACAACACCAUAGAUUUGUACGAAUUUAAAUCUAAAAAGUUAGAGAAUAAACCUGUUAUAAAAGCAUGUGAAUUAAGGGGUAUCGAAAGAGUGACAGAUUCGUUUUUCACAUAUACGGAGAGUAUCAUCAAAGAAAAGGAACCGUUUAACUUCCUACUCAAGCAUGACUUUGUACGAGUGAAAUGUCUGUUAAAUUCCACAGUUAAUUUAAUCAACGCAGAUGAGAACGAGACCGAGAAAAUUGUCAGCAAUGACGGCUCUUAUAAUGAAGCCGACGAGAGGAGUGAGACGGAAAGGAACAUUUUUGAGGAGUAUCUCGUAGAUUUCGACCAGUUUUUAGUCCAGGUUUAUCCUCAGGAGGAGGUUUUCAAAAGAGCCUCCGCAUUGUCGGAUUCGCACGGUUCGGAUCGGAUGAACGUUAUGAUGAUUGUUUUGGAUUCUAUGUCCCACAUGUCAUUCCGUAGAAAACUGCCAAAAACCUACAGCUUCUUAAAGAAAAAUUUGGCUUCAACCAUUCUGAAUGCCUAUAAUAUAGUUGGUGAUGCUACUUUAGCUGCACUGAUACCAAUAUUAACAGGUAAAACAGAACUAGAGUUACCUGAAGUUAGAAAGAGCCAGGAAGACGCUUAUUAUGUGGACAUCUAUCCUAUGAUCUGGAAGGAGUUUAAGAAGAAGGGAUAUGUCACCAUGUUUGCCGAGGAUGAACCCUCAAUUAGUGCUUUCAACCUUAGAUUAAAUGGUUUUAAGGAAUCCCCCGUGGACCAUUAUAUGAGGCCAUUUUGGCAGGCCAUCUGGGACUCCGAACUCCGAGAACGGAGUAAGAGAUAUUGCACGGGUGGUACGCCACAUCAUCAAUUUUUAUUAGAGUACCUUAAAGACUUCUACGUGAAAUAUCAGAAUGUUUCCAAAUUUUCCCUAACAUUUUUGGCCGAAUUGACUCAUUGGGAUAAUAACCCGGGAGAAUAUUUAGAUGUGGAUUUUGUGAAUUCUUUGAAAGUUUUCAGCAAGUUGGGAUUUCUGGACAAUACUCUACUGAUUGUGAUGGGGGACCACGGUGCUAGGUACGGAAGAAUACGGCGUACGUUACAAGGGAAAAUGGAAGAGAGGCUCCCCUUCAUGAGUCUGCAUUUUCCUCAUCGAUUUAAACUCAAACAUCCUCAUUUAAUUAAACUCCUGUCAAAAAACGCCAAUCGAUUGACGACACCAUUUGAUGUUUAUGAAACUCUUAGGGAUGUCCUUGAUUCAUCAAGGUUGUAUAAACCUGUGACACCAAGCAGAGGAAUCAGCCUCCUUCAGGAGAUUCCAGCCAAUCGGAAUUGUGUGUCUGCUCAUAUUGACCUACAUUGGUGUUCAUGUUUAGUGCAAAGUAAGGUGGACCCAAACAGUGAUAAUAUAAAAGUAAUAGCGGACCAACUUCUCAGACAUAUCAAUGAUCUGACUCUGCCUUUGAGAGACUCUUGUCAUGAGCUGUCAAUUCAUAAAAUAAAAUCUGCAAAUUUAAUGAGUCCUAAUGAAAAGGUUUUGAAAUUUAUGAAAACAGUGGAUGCUGAUCAAAGAGUAGCCAACUUUAGUUCAGAAAUAAAUGUGGAUGUUGCACAUUACCAAAUCACCAUGGAAACAAUUCCAAACUAUGCACAAUACGAGGGCACAGUGACUAAGAACUUGAAGGACAACAAAUAUGAAGUUUUCCACAGUAUUAGUAGAUUAGAUCACUAUGGCAACCAGUCUGCUUGUGUGAUGAAGCAGUACCCUGAUCUCAGAAAAUUUUGUCACUGCAGAUAAUAUUGAUGGAGGUUUGAUAUGCCUUUUUCCACAUAUCAUGGAUUCAAAAUCAAGUUGAAUGUGUUCAUUAAGUUGGGAUAAUAGGUAAUAUCAUGAUGAUUGAUUUAAACUCCUGAACUGGCAUUUGAAGUUUUGGGUUAUUAUUUUUUAUUAUGACCAUAUAAUUGGAGGUUUUGGGGAAUACUUGUAUAGAUUUUGGUGUCUUUCUGUCUUUUUUCCACAGAAAUGUUAAUUAGUUAACUUUUAAACGCUUGGUCCUA